AUGAAUUACCGCAUUCCAAAGCUAGCAGAGUCGGAAACUCGGCAGCCAGCUCUCCCGUGCUGGGAUGAGGAUGCCGUGAGCGAGGCUGAUGGAACAACGGCAACUGUUGGCGCCUUCGGACAACUUUUGCAGUUCAGCCAUUUCCUCGGUACUGGGAGCUCUGGCAUCUUCAGCGCGGACCAGCCUUCAGUGCAAGCGCCUUGUUGGGUUGGACGCAGAGCGGAUGAUCUUCGGGAAUUGUCGCAGCAGCCGUUCCAUAUCGGUCCAGCAAUCCCACAUAUCUGGUCCUAUGGUCUGAGGUUUCCGGAUCUCCUCACGAAGCCGAACGCUCAGCCCCAGCUUAAGUGGGCAUACUGGAGAUGGCCGCGCCACGAAUAUUCUCGAGGAGAUUUUGAGAACUACCCCAAACUGAAGUUGACUACGCAAUGGAUGGUUCAUGAGAAAACUAUUCUACAGCAGUGCCUUCUGAGGAAUGAUGGCGACAAUGAUAUCCAAAUUGAUGUGGAAUUUUCCAAACCAAUGGAAAUCAGGGACCUGGAUCAAUUCUGCAUGCCCAACGAAUUCAACAGGUGGACAACCCGCAAUCAUUACGUGGGACCAGGGCCAAAAGGCUACAGUUGGGUCUGGAUGCAUAGAUUCCCAGAGGCUAGUCUUGGGUGUGGGGCUACGCGAGCAACUGAUUUUACGCCAAAUUCUGUUGGCAAUAUCGACACGCGCCGUUCAGACACGUCGCCUGGGCGUAGCCCUUUGCCAAGAAAUGAAGGUCACGAAGAUGAGUCUGGGCCUUACGAGUCGUUCUAUAGAGGAGAUACCUUUGACGACCAAAAAGGGUCGACUCCUGACCCAGAUAAAACCCAGGUGGAAAAGAAGACCCCAUACGGAGUAACUGUCAUUACUUCUGUCGCAAAUGAUGGACAAGUCCAACGUUUCGAAAACGGGAUCACUCCGCAGAAGUGGCCUGUGGUUGUCAAGAGCCAGCAGAUGCCAGAGCCAACUGAUCGACGCCAAACUGUUGAGCUGGUCGUUGCAUAUAGACUGGUCCACUUCGCAACACCCGAGGUCCACUGGAAGGCCGCCAUCAUUCCCUAUCAAAGCAUGCAUGUCGAUCAAUUUCUCAGAGAGCAAGCACCACUUCGCCCAUUCCCAACCUCGAUUUUCUCAACAUUCAAAGAACACUAUCCAAACAGAGAGCAGAGCAGGGACGACUUCGUCGACGGUGGUUGCAUCGAAUCUCCUGAGGAUGUAAAGUGGUCACAUCAAAACAAGGUUGAGGAAACAAAACGCGUCCAGACGCAACAUGUACGUAUGGAUAUCUUAGUCGGUACCCCUGGGCUAUCAUCACCACAGAACCACCUGGAAUUCGUGAUCCGAAGGAAUUUAGAGCACAUUCUGUCGGUUUGCUCAAUCCAGGUGACGCCAGAUAGUUCUGGUAUCAUUACUUCCACUGCCGUUCCACAUUAUUUGCAUGAUGUAAACGCAGUUGCUUUGACAUGCGGCGACAUGUCGGGCCAUGCAAUACGCUGGUCUUCUAGCUUAGACUUUGUCAUCUUCCAAAGGAGCCAGACAUUAAUUCUAUCCUCUCCCGAAUCGAAACAACUUGUCGAGGCCAUCUCAAGUGGCUUCACCUCAUUCAUCAAGAAGGAGACGGACGACGCUUUGAAUCCAAGAUUUCAGAUCCUGAAAGCAGCAGCCUACACGGAACUAUCAGCUGGGAACGAUGUCGCGUAUGAGCUAAUGAGCAAUUGGGCUCCUCCCUGCGCGCCCACCCCGAUUGCGAAGAACGAUAUCGCGAGGCUACGCAGGCAUUUUGCUUCUGAAGUCUUCUUGCGUGAAGUUUAUGGGCGAUUCGUUACAGAAAAUGAUGUCUUGCGCCAACCUAUGCUCGCUGUCACGAGGUCUACGAGGGAAUCCAGAUUCCUGUUACAUGCCCGCGACACAGCGCUCUUCUACGACGAAAUGUUUGAUUUCUUUUCGGGCGAUGCAGCCAACAAGGAAGGGUGGAGCAAAACAAUAGAUUGUCAGAAGUAUCAUGAUGGAACCCAAGAAUCAAUCUGGAAAAAUCCUUUGCGCCACGCGCUAUGCGUUAUGAUGGGCACCAGAGGACUUAGUAUCAACAGCAAGCUGCCGGAUGAACUGGUUCAAACAGCGACAGAAGCUCUAUUUCGCAUGUGCAGCCCAAAUGGUUCCUUUCCUGGACAGCAACACCUUUCGAGGAGGAAUCCGCGAUUUCGAUCUACAGACAAAGACAUGGACCGAUAUUAUAAUGCUAGUUUCGAGAUACCAUAUAUUCUAUUGACCCAUAUGAGUCGAUUAAGCGAUGUUUACAACCGGCUUGCCUCGCCAAUCAUAGAGCCGACAAAUUCCGAGCCAAACCUCGAUGGAAGACUCAAAAGCAAUAUCCAUUCACAAGGACCUGCAGGUAAUGAGCAAUUUCAUCAAGCUCAGAGAGAUGCCGGCCUCUGGAUAUGUGAUUCAGGACAGCGUGAGAUGCUUCUGCUUCUUUCGGAAUUCGUUCUACAGCGAUCACGAGCUCUUAAUUCUGAUGGUCGUGAGGUCUUGGGGAAUGUCAGUCGAGCAAAGAAUCAUCAACGUUUCGUCAUGAAGAAAUCUGUGCCUUUCAACAAUUCGAUCGAAUCCAGCAAUAUCAUAGAGGAUGAAUGGUUGUUCAACUAUCCGCAGUUCUUAAUGACGAGGAAGCCCCUGAAGAGUGUUGUUUUCGAAACCGCUUCGGAUGAUCUGGAGACUGGGCCAGGGUUCUCAGAGGCUGACAGGAUACCUAGACUAUUCAACAGGUAUGGUAUGGCUUCUUUCAAGCAUCCAAAUACCGGAAGCUUACCCAGUACCGUGAACAGAUAUGAUGAGGGAGAAUUACGCUUUUGUGUCGUAGAUGUCCCCAGCUCGAAGUCUAUCGAGGGCGACCGGAGGGAUCGCCGCCCCGACUGCCAAUUUGGUACCUCUCCUGAGUUCCUUGAAAAACUGCUCACACCUGUCAGGACAGAGCGAGAUUCUAAAAAACGUCUGCUUUACUUUUCCAGGGCUAACGGGGAAAUCGUUUCCAUCUGCUUUGGCGCAAGUGAAACCUCUGAGGGACGAAACAUGAUGGACUUCUUUCGAAGGCAUUCUCGCCACGAAAAGCACGCCAUCGACCGAUGCAGUAUCGUUCAUAACUCCUGGGAAACGGAAUUGCAUUUGAGUUACUACCAAAUCCUAGACGAAUCUAAUAAUAUGUGGCCUGGAAUCCCUCCGUUCGAGAGCGAGCCGUUUCCUGGAAGUCGGGGGAAGAAAAUUGCCCGGGCUUCGACCAGUUUUCGAUUCAACGGUGACCUUUUUGACCGCUAUUGGACAUGCCAUUGGCUCGCAUACGUUCACAAAGGCUUGGAAAAUGGCUGGCAUGGGUCUCACAAUUGUCUUAACAGACCGAAGGACCGCCAGCGAAAAGUUCUUGAGCAACGAUUCUUUGCUGAAAUACUUACGAACUUGACGUUGAGCGCUGGAGACAUUUUGGCAGAGAUAAAGUCCUGCUUGGGUGUUAAAUCAGGAUCAUUUUCCAGCCCCAUUCCCAACAUAGAUGCGUACUCAUCUUGGAGCGCUCUCUGGGCGGGGUUCGAGCCUCUGCUCCAGACGUUGGAAGAGGAUCUUGCAUCCACUCAAGUCAUUGUUGAUCAAUGGGAAUCAAGAGAGGAGGAAAGAGGGAAAGAAAAGCCUCGCUGGACUCGUGAUCGUGAGAGAAAAUAUGGAGCCUCGAUCACGAAACUCCAUCGUGAGAUCAAGCGUCAGACUAGCACGCUACAAUACCUACACGCGAAUAUCAGGUCAUUGCGCGAAUCCUGCUCAAAUCGCCUCGUCAGAGCCCGAGAGGAACUCAGCUUUCGCAGCGAGCAGAACAUUGCGUCGUUCACAUAUGUCACAGUCGUCUUCCUACCCCUUGGUUUUAUCGCUAGCAUUUUCAGCAUGAAUGGGUCUCCAGAAACAAGUCUUGUGAUCAACAUGGUGGUCACUUCAGUCGUUGCACUGGCUAUCACGGUUUUCGUAUUGAUGAAUGCCAAGGCUCUCGCAAGCGUCGUGGACAAGGUAUCAAGCAAUUUCAGCAAGCUCACUAAUGAUACGAUGCGAUCCAGUUUGAUCAUCCAGGGCCGGGAAGGACUGAAACUCAAGCACAAGGCUCAUAACGGUGGCCGCCUCAGCCCAGACUCUAGGCGAGAUUCUUCGAAAGACAAGAUUCCGCGGAGAUUGGUAUUUUGGACUGGUUACAUCUUCUUUGAGGUACCCGCGAGGAGAAUUGCACUUGCCUGUCGCGCACUUGCACGGCCGCGAAACAAUCUCAAUGAUCUUGAAGAUUUAAUAAAGUUCGCGCGCAAGAAAGCUGGAUUCGACAACAACGAAGCGCCCGCCACGCCAAUUUCAGCCGCGAACGCCGUACAAUUCCUCUCCAAGACUACCGGACACGUGGCUAUAGAUUUUCAUGGAAAAAGGAUUGCUCGCGUCCUUCUAGGAUUCAUCCUAGUACCAGUUUUCCUGGCGACCUGGAUCUGUCAGAUCCUCUACUUCAACAUUUUAGAUAUGCUCAAUCUUCUCGGAGAACUACUACGCAGCGGGCUAUACUAUGCAUUUUUGGCUGAUGUCGACGGAUCUGACUCUGCUCUGAUAUCCAAGCUGACGGAGCCGCCGCAAUACUUGCGGCCGAUUAGGGGCAUCAGGAAUUAUCUCAGGCCACGAGAGGAAAGGUUUGAACCGAUAUCACGUGAAACUUCGUCGCUCUCGAGUGGUAGUGAGUUUUGA